GACUCUUCACAAAGCAAAAGAAAGAAAAAAAAACAAAAACCGAGCAAGUCGAAGGCCUUAAGCAAUAGAUCAAAAAAAAGAGAAAAAGUAGCAGAGUCGAUUACCCAUUACGGGGUUCAGUAUCUCGGUGCUGUGUUUUUAACUUGGGUCAAUGGGUGCCAGAGAUUGCCGAAGGAGAGGCGAAGAGACUGGAGGUGAGAGCUGGCUGUAUGCAGGAGUUCUAGAGACUGCUAAAGAGAGUAUCAUAGCAGCAUCACCAAUAUAUAUUGUCAUUUGGGGGCCUUCAUCCAUUGGGGGCUUAGGCGACCGCCUAAGUCGCUAAUGGAUGAGCCGGCCCUGCUGUGAGGCGUGUUGCUGUUCCACGUGUACGUCGAAUUGCCGAAGAAUGUCUUAGAAGCUUGCACAACUCUCUUCCAUUUCCACCAGAUCCUAUUCAUGAAAAUAUAUUUGAAGAAUUACCAGAAUCUUCUUUCAAGGCCUAUAUAUAUAUAUAUAUACCUCCUUCUGCUUUGCCCAUCACCAUAAACAAGCGCAUUUCGCCUCAAAUACUCUCUUAAACUAUAUUUUAUUCAACAAGCUAGCCCUUCAGAGUGAAUUAUAGCGAUGGCGUACAGUUUCGGUGGCGACCGGCGAGGCAACGUCUACGACCCCUACUCUCAGGACGUGUGGGACCCCUUUGAGGGCUUCCCUUACGUGAGCACUGUCGCUAACGCUCCCGCCGCGUCACGGGAAGCCUCUGCUCCUGCCAACAUUCGCAUCGACUGGAAAGAAACCCCGCAAGCUCACAUUAUCAAGGCCGAUCUUCCGGGGCUGAGGAAGGAUGAGUUGAAGAUCGAGGUCGACGAAAGUAGGUUGCUGCAGAUAAGCGGGGAGAGGACCAAAGAGCACGAGGACAAGUACGACAAGUGGCACAGGGUUGAGAGGGUCACCGGCAAGUUCCUGAGGAGGCUCAAGUUGCCGGAGAAUACGAAGAUCGAGCAGGUGAAGGCUGGCAAGGAUAAUGGAGUGCUCACUGUGGUUGUGCCCAAGGGGCAGGAGAGGAAGCGUGAGGUCAAGUGCAUUGACAUCUCCGGCUAGACUAUAUAAGGCAUGUUCUCUGCGCUGCCUCUGGUUCUGUUUUGGUAUCUUGAAAAUAAAAGAUGAGUAUGGGCGGGUUUUGUACGCCAAGCAAUAAUGGAGUGUCUGUCUGUAUAUGAGUGCGUGUGUGUGUGUGUUUGAGCUAGGUUCUUUCUCUAUGUAUCACAUGUUCAAUUUCCUCUUCAGUAUUGUAAUUUGUAAUGGUUUUUCUUAUUAUAUAAAUAUAUAUGUGAGUAUUUGCUUUC